AUGUGCGUUCCACAUACAGGAAGUGAGUUUUCAUCGACUGCUGCAGCCUCGCAGAGUCCCAGUGUCCGUGGAGAUCAGAGUUGCACAGUAGUAAAGAAGACAUCUGGUGAGUGUGAGACACCCAGCAGCCAUAGCCGUGUGUCACGUGGACUGAGCAGAACUAAGAGCCCCAUCACAGUGCCUCCACCUCACUCACUGAUACAUGAGAGGCACAGUGACCAGAAGAUCCUGGAACUCACCAACAAGAUCAUUCAGCUGCUGACUGGAGAGGAAGGGGAGUAUAUAGAGGAACACAGGGGUCUGUACAAGGACGUGAUGAUGGAGAAUCACCGGCCCCUCACAUCACUGGAUGGGUCCAGUAACAGAGAUACCCCAGAGAGUUGUCCCCGUCCUCUGUAUUCCCAGGAUUGUACAGAGGAGUAUCACAGGACCCCACAGGAGGAUCAGGUAGAACGUCUGUCUGAUAUUAAAACAGAUGAUAUAGAGGGAGAAGAGGAGACGUAUGUGACUGAUAUAAAGGCAGAAGAUAUAGAGGGAGAAGAAGAGAUGUAUGUGACUGAUAUAAAGGCAGAAGAUAUAGAGGGAGAAGAAGAGACGUAUGUGACUGAUAUAAAGGCAGAAGAUAUAGAGGGAGAAGAAGAGACGUAUGUAACUGAUAUAAAGGUAGAAGAUAUAGAGGGAGAAGAAGAGACGUAUGUGACUGAUAUGAAGUCAGAAGAUAUAGAGGGAGAAGAAGAGACGUAUGUGAGGGGGGAUCAGCAGUGUAAGGAGGAGGAGAUCCCUACAGAUAUCAGCACAGAUGGACACACAAGCAGGAAUAUCUCAGAAGGACAUCUAAUGUUAUCCCUAGAUUCUGAAAUAAGAGAUAAUGACAGUAGACAGGAUUCUCCAGGAGCUAACCCCAUUACCCCAAUUAUUCAUCCAGCUCUAUCAGCUGAUCCCUCUGAUACUGGGAAAUGUUCUCCUGAUCACUCUGAUAUUGGUGCAUCUGUUACAGCUCUGACAGUAGAUACAGUGUUUCCUUGUUCUAUAGAUGCCAAAUGUUUUACACAGAACACAAAGCCUAUUACCCAUCAGCCAGCUAAGGCAGGGGACGGGCCAUUUCCAUGUUCUGAGUGUGGGAAAUGUUUUACAUAUAAAUCAUAUCUUGUUAGACAUGAGAGAAGUCACACAGGUGAGAAGCCGUAUUCCUGUUCUGAGUGUGGGAAAUGUUUCGCAUAUAAAUCAUUUCUUGCUACACAUCAGAGAAGUCACACAGGUGAGAAGCCAUUUUCCUGUUCUGAGUGUGGGAAAUGUUUUUUAUCGACAUCACAUCUUGUUAGACAUCAGAGAAGUCACACAGGUGAGAAGCCAUAUUCCUGUUCUGAGUGUGGGAAAUGUUUUUUAUCGACAUCACAUCUUGUUAGUCAUCAGAGAAGUCACACAGGUGAGAAGCCGUACUCCUGUUCUGAGUGUAGGAAAUGUUUUGCACAGAAACCAGCUCUUGUUAUACAUCAGAGAAGUCACACAGGUGAGAAGCCAUAUUCCUGUUCUGAGUGUGGGAAAUGUUUUUUAUCGACAUCACAUCUUGUUAGUCAUCAGAGAAGUCACACAGGUGAGAAGCCGUACUCCUGUUCUGAGUGUGGGAAAUGUGUUGCAUGGAAAUCACAUCUUGUUAUUCAUCAGAGAAGUCACACAGGUGAGAAGACGUAUUCCUGUUCUGAGUGUGGGAAAUGUUUUGCACACAAAUCACAUUUAGUUACACAUCAGAGAAGUCACACAGGUGAGAAGCCAUUUUCCUGUUCUGACUGUGGGAAAUGUUUUUCAUCGACAUCACAUCUUGUUAGACAUCAGAGGAGUCACACAGGUGAGAAGCCAUAUUCCUGUUCUGAGUGUGGGAAAUGUUUUGCACAGAAAUCAAAUCUUGUUACACAUCAGAGAAGUCACACAGGUGAAAAGCCAUUUUCAUGCUGUGAGAGAAAUAAAUCCGCUCUUGUUGAACACAUUAGACAUUACCCAAGUACGGAACCAUUUACAUCUUCUGGAGUAUAAUUAUCACUGUCGUCCAAUGUUCCUCAAGGGUGAAUCCGAUCUCCUAUGCUUUAUAAAAUAUACAUGCUAGCACUGGGUGAUAUAAUCAGACGUCAUGGCCUGAUCUACCACUGCUAUGCAGAUGACCUGCUUUUUGCUCCAUGUACUGAGAACCUAAUACCAAUAAAUGGUUGUCUAGCUGAGCGCCAGGGGUGGAUGAUGCCAGUUGGCUGUGACUCAGUCUUUGUGAAACAUAAUAGAAGCUCCCAAACAAAGGACAAGACUACAGCUUUACCAACCAUCUGGAUUUAUGCUUUGGUGUUCAGAAUCGCAAAAUACUGAACGUGUGCUGAAUCUUUGUGUUGUCCUGGUAUGUGGAUGACACAGACAUCAGGUAUCCGCCACAUACAAUUCCUCAUUCUUCCAUCUGUGGACCAUAACCAGAAUCAAGAUCUUGAUUCCCUCAGAAAGUUCAUAGACUACUGCAAUGCCAUCUACCUGGGUCACCCAGCAAAAGAAUUACAGAGCUUUCAGGUUUUCCAAAAGGUGGAGAAAGUAAAUUCUCCUCCCAAUUGGAGAGUAACCCGCACCAGGAUAUAACUGUCCUGAUAGUUUAUGUACUUGGGGUACCUUUAUAUUAAAUAAUACCACUAUCACAAUUAAGUGAAUAAAUCGUGGGACAUUCUCAAGGUAAUUAUAGGUGCUACCAACUGAUUUAGGUCAAGGAAUAAAGUCAAAUCCCCAAAGGGAGGGGAAAGAAAAAAGAAAUCAGUUUUUUUGUGCGGUGCACACAACCCAAUAUCCAAUAUAUUAAAAUAUUUUUCUUUAUUGAUAAAUUGUUAAAAAAUCCCUAUGUUAUUCGUAUUUAUAGGCAAAAUUGCCACACUUAAUAUUUAUUAAUUUUAUGUAUAAUUAAGGAUAUUAAUCAGACUAGUAUUGUCCUUAAAUUUGUAAUCAAGCGAAGUAAUAAAAGAUAGUAAGGAAAGUGAAAAAGAAUGAAAAUUAAGUGAAUAAAGAUUAAAAACAAAGCUGGUGUGUCGAGUGCCUUUUGUAUUUAUGUAAUAAGAUGGUCCUAAUGUGCGUAAACCGUACUGGUUCCCACUGAGUUAUAUUGACAUAAAAGGUUCUUACUGGGAAAUACGUGAAUAUUUAACUGCAAUAAUACUCAUUACUGGGAUGUGUUCCACAGAUGCAAUAUGGUAUUAAUAAUUAUGAUAGUAAAUGUGUGUCGGUUAACAGAUGAUUUCAGACAGAGACACAGAUCCUAUAUUGUAAUAGUUAUUGCAGGUUCCACACGAUCCCAUCCCUGGGGUGUUGCAUAUUAUGCCUGCAGAGUUCGUUUACUCAAGGUGAUUUAUUGUGUCUUUUAUUGUAGUGCAAAAGAUACAUGUGAGGUAAGAGAUAAGUCACUCAAUAGAGCACCCAAAGUUGUCACAUUACCCACAUCAAGUGCUAUAUAGGCACAGUUGCCUGAAUAAUAUUGGCAAGCUGGACUGUGAAUUUGCUAUAAAAUAUUAUUGUCACUACAAUGUCCUGCUGAAUCACCACCUUUAAUUUCCCAUGUGAUCUGUGACUCAGAAAAGAUCCAAAGAUAGUCAGUUGACACAGUAAUUUGGGCCAGCAAUAACUCCUAUGUGGUCAUCCAGCGCCCCAUCUGAUAUGAUGUGCACGAUUUAAAUAUAUCACCGUGCAAUCUGUAGUUGCAGUUAGUGCCUCUAUAGUUGGAUUCUUGCUUUCUGCUGCUAAUAUUGCGCAGUUCUCAUUCUCAUUAAUAGAGAUCUCGAUCCAACUCAAUCCAUAUGCUUAUACACUUGGUAAUAAGCGUACUCCUGCUAGAUGUUUAGCGGUGCAGUGAUUGCUUUCAAGUGUCUAACAGUCGUAUAUAUUAUUGCAAUUAGACAGGCAAUUACACCGCUCAUCUGGUAUGCUGUAUGCAGGUUGAUGAUAACACAUUCACCUAUGUUUUUAAUUGCUAUAAACUCCACCUAUAAGUUUGGCAGUGCAGUGAUUGUUAUGGUGCAGCACGUCAGUGAAAUGUCACAAUGGAGAUUAUUGAUUCCUGAGGAUACUGCUGUAAGUUUGGUAGUACUGUAAUUCGUUUCUAAUUUCUAACAGUCACGUAUGUUUUACAGUAGCACGGGCGGUUGUGCCGCUCGUCAGGUACACUGUAUACAGGCUAAUAAUAGCACAUUCUCCUGUGUAGAUACUGCUACAAGUUUGGCUGUGCCGUAAUUAGUUUCCAAUUUCCAACAAUCACAUAUGUUUCACAAUGAGACGAGCGGUUGCACCGCUCGUUAGAUACACUGUAUACAGGCUAAUAAUAACACCUUCUCCUGUGAUCUUAAUUAUCAAUACUUCUACUAUAUGUUCAUCAGCGCAGUAAUUAAUUUCAGAUUUCUACCAGUCACAUAUAGUAUUAUGACUGGGCGGGCAGUUGCACCGCUCGUCGUAACGCUAUCUGCAGGUUAACAGAGGCACAUUCUCCUAUGUACAUACACACAUUUGAUCGGACACUUUUUCUAACAUUUAUAUAUUGCACAUUAGACACAUCAGCCUAACGCCAAUGCACAUUUCGCUCAUAGGCUUCCUCAGGGCACUAUAUCUUGCAGCUAGUACAGAAUGCAGCAGCCAAGCUGUUACCUGACCAGCCCGUUCCAGCCUCAUAACACCCAUUCUCUACUCCCUUCACCGGCUGCCUGUAAGAUGACAAAUCUAUUUCAUAAUUAGCUAAAUGACCUUCCCAGCCCAACAUUACAUGGUCCAAGGUACUAGAAGCAGCUUCUGCCUCCUUACUGCCCUGCUGGCUUCUACAGAUGAAGGACUGUUACCAGCAGUACCAAGAAUCUCCUGUAAUUCAUUUAUGGGUUGAACGUUUAGCUUUGACCAUGGAACUCACUGCCUUGCACAGUCCAAGAGGCCUCCACUCUAGAGACCUUCACAAGCAGACUGAUGACUGCUACUCACACUUUUCAUUAAUGUACCUCUAUUUACUUCCUAAAUAAUACAUCCCAAAUGCUUAGGUCUUUAUUCUGCUGUUUAUUUUGUAUCUUGUGCUUUGUGUAAAUGUGAAUGUGUAAUGCCAGUUUCCACAAUCUGUAUUGCUGCACGACAAUAUGGCGGCCAUUGGAACGUGUUUUCACUUCUUGUAGUUUACCUAACUUGUUGCAGACACUCAUCUUGACAUGGAGUGUUUUCUGAUACAAGAUCCUAUCCAUAUAUACCCUGUACAUUAUCAUGUGCAUUAGAGUCACCCGGGUUCCAUCUGCGGUGGUUUGUUGUAUGUUACAUCUAUAUGGUGCGGAUACUCCCCUGUAUGAUUUCAUAAUAAAAGCUUUUGUUUGCAUCUAA